GCAGCGCUUCCUGGUUACGGUAAAAGCUAAGCUAGCAGCUAUUUCGCUCUCUCGGGUUGUUGGUGUUCCUCCUCCCCUCAGCGGGGUUCCUCCUCAGCGUCUCUCCCGCGGCUUCAGUCAGUGACAGACGGACACUCGGAUCAGACUUUCACCGUGAAUCCUCCGGGAUGUCUUUCCUGGAGAAGCCGUCCCCCGGCAGGCUGCUGCUGGACGACACCGUGCCCCUGACGGCGGUGAUCGAAGCCAGCCAGAACCUGCAGUCCCACACGGAAUAUAUCAUCCGAGUCCAGAGGGGCGUGUCUUCAGAGAACAGCUGGCAGGUGAUUCGACGUUACAGCGACUUCGACGUCCUCAACAGCAGCCUGAUGGUGUGUGGCAUCACUCUCCCUCUUCCACCCAAGAAGCUAAUUGGAAACAUGGACCGAGAGUUCAUUGCAGAGAGGCAGAGAGGACUGCAGACCUAUCUGGACUCAAUUACCCAGCAUCCCUUGCUAUCCAGCUCCUUGUAUGUCAAGAAGUUUCUGGACCCCAACAACUAUUCUGCCAACUACACAGAGAUCGCCCUGCAGCAGGUCUCCAUGUUCUUCAGGUCCGACCCUAAGUGGGAGGUCCUGGAGCCUCUCAAAGACAUGGGCUGGAGAAUCAGGAAGAAAUACUUUUUAAUCAAGAACAAAGAGCUGCCCAAGGAGAGGUACCUGCUGAGCUGGGUGGACCUCGGUCCUGAUAAAUUCCUGUCAGACAAAGACCUGCAGUCAGCCAUGAAGCUGCUGACGAGCCUCUCUACUCCGUAUCUCUGUCCGCUGCUGUUCUCCAGCACCGGCGAGUCUUCAGCUCUGCUCAUCCGACCGUUCAGUGAGAAAGGCUCUCUGAGAGACCACAUCUGUAAGGUGAAGCCCAGAGAGAGUUACCUGAAGAAGUACUGCAACCCAAAGAAGAGUCAGGGCCUCGAACUGCAGCAGAUCAAACAGUACGGCCGUCAGAUCCUGGAGGGCCUGAAGCUCCUCCAUGAUGGCGGCGUAUUUUUCGGUCACCUCCACGCGUCCAACGUAAUCGUGGAUGACGGCGUGUGCCGACUGAUGGACGUAGAGAACGGCAUGCUGGGAGUUCCCUCAGCGCUGCGGCCCGCCUUCACUCAGCUCAGGAAGAUCAACUCCACAGAGAGCGUCGACGUCUUCUGCUUCGGACAUUUACUGUACGAGAUGACGUACGGCCGCCCGCCAGACAGCGUCCCCAUCGAUCAAUACCCAGCUGUCCCCUACACAUCUGUGGUGUCAGUGCUGCAGUCCAUCCUGUCCACAGAAGCCUGUAAGAGCGGGAUGCCAACAGUCUCAGAGCUCAUACAGACACCGCUGUUCAGUGACGUCCAUCUCCAACACUCAGAAAAACUCCAGAUCAAGGUUCCCAGCAGGCUAAAAGAGGCACUGAAGACGGCAAAGGAGAGUCUGGAGAGGAGGCUGCACGAGGAGCAGAGGGUGCUCCACCAGCACAGGAGGCUGACCAGAGCUCAGUCCCACCACGGCUCAGAGGAGGAGAAGAAGAGGAGGAAGAUCCUGGCGAGGAAGAAGUCCAGACAGUCGGCGUAUGAAAAUGAAGAAGACGUCUCCGUCAGAAACAACAACAACUCGGGUUCUGGAGCCAGUUCUCCUCCCACAUGCCCCUCAUCCCCCACUCCCCCGUCCACCACAGGAGCCCAUACUGCUCCUCCUCCCCCUCCUCCUCCGCCUCCUCCUCCCCCUCCUAUGCUGAACUCCUCCUCCUGCCCCCCUCCUCCUCUGUCCUCCUCUGACGGAGCUGGAGGAGGCCGCUCCGCCUUGCUGUGCUCCAUCCAGGGCUUCAGUAAGGGCAAACUGAAGAAGGCCGUGACCACCGACCGCAGCAAGCCCAUCAUCUGACCCCGCCCACCUCCGCGACCUGUCCUCGACUGGGAAACUGUCACUACGGCAACAUGACCGACCCGCUGGUUCUGCACUGUGGUCUGGACCGGUUCACGUCGUCGCUCCUCGAGAUGUGAAAAGGAAUCACUAACAAAAAAGAAAAAAAAAUCCAAGUACCAUUUUAGUUUUUAUUGCUUUUUUCUGCUUUUAAAUUUUAAAAAAUCUGUUGCUGUGGUGAGAGAGAGAGAGGAGAGGGAGGCUGUCUCAGUCGGACCUCUUCAAGAACUCUGGACAAUCGUAGGCACCUGAAGGUUUGUCUUCUCUGACUGCUGUGUCAUCAGAAGGCAGCCACCAGGCUCCAGAUGAAACAAGGUGGUAAACUCUGAUCUGAGUGUGGUGAGCUUUUCUGGUUGAGGUGCUGCUUCAGCAGGUGGACCGCUGUUUUUUUUUCUGCUUUAUAAAAGUGGCUGUUGAACGUUGGGAAAUGGAACUUUUGGAGCCGGCUGGAUGAUGACAUUGGACUUCCUGGAUCCAAAACUCAAACUUCAGUGCCCUGACACUGUCAUGGCGCUGUACUGAUCCCGAUCCCGAUCCUGAUCCUGGAGCGGCAGAUAAAUUGGCCCAAACUCCAGCUGUCCGUCUUUGAAUUCAUCUUCUGCUGGGACCGUUUGACUGCAGGACGUAAGUGACAAAGAACUCCAGAAAAUCAACAGAGCUACCCUGCAAAAAAAAUGCACCAUUGUUAAGUCAUUUGUGUCUAUAAUUAAGCUCCAAAAACACGAUUUUCUUGGAAAAAAUGGAACAUCCUCAAAUUUAAAGGUACUAGAAGGAACUUUUAACUGGUUAUGAAACAGUUGAUUUAAUACUGAUUCCUCUCUAUGAUCUAAAAAAGCAAACAAGCCCAUCAGCAAGGGAGCAGCCAUUUCUAUGAGUAUUGUAGUUAUUUACCAGUUAUAAAAUCAGAACUGUGUUUUAUGCCGAAGUGCUGAGGAUCUAUUUAGAAGGAAAGAACAGAUAAAACUCAAGAAUCAAUUAAAAAAAGAAAGUACCUUGUUGUGGCUUUGAUGAAAAUAAAUGUCGUAUUAACACGAUACCUCUUGAAAAGAGAAAAAUGAGGCAGGUCACUGUUUUGGAAACAAGAAAACAGGAAACUGAUCUAAAAAAAAUCUUCACAUGGAAGUUGAUUCACUUUGAAAAUCCUCACCAAACUGGCAGAUUUGUGUUUCUUGUUUGAAGAAAAUACGACUCAAAUUAUAAACAAAGGUGACUUAAUAAGAAGGAUGUUUGUUGCGAAAUGUCACAAACUGUCUCCACAGUCAUGGUUUUAUCCUGAGACGUCCAUGUGCUGCUGUUUCAGAGAGCGAACAGUUUGCACAAGGUCGAGUGCAAAAUAAAGAGCAGCACAUAAUACUACAAAGCAGCUAACCACCAAGUGUGUUUCCAUCCAUGGCAGACAUGGUCUUUUUUUGCACAUAAUAAAACUGAGUGGAUAAAAAAAGUAAAUAAAUAAGAAAACACUGCAAAAAAUGUUUACGCUUGGCUGAGGUGGAAAAGUUGGAGCUUAGAUGAAAACAGAACCCGACUGUGCGAUGGACGAAUCAUAACAUACGUUUUAAACGUCCGCUCAGUCUUCUAUUAAAAAUGGCUGCAGAUGAAAACCUCGGAUCUGUGUGGAGCGCUGCGGAGACCCGUCUGAAAUUAUUACGUGAGACAAACAGAAAUGUCACGUUUCCAUCAAGUUUUCCACCAUCUCCAGUUCGACUCUUUCAAUGAUGUCUUCUCCGUCUGCAAAGGGUUUAAUGGCGCCAACUGUUGGUCUUGAUACUCCCAAUACUCACUUAACAGCAGCGGAUAGAAAAGGCACGUUAAAUCACAUUUUCCUUUGCCAGUUUUCUGGAAAUGUGCUCAAUAUUUGCGCUACAUUUGGAUGGAAACUUUGACGAAUGGGAUGUAAACAGUCAUAAAAUAAAUGUUCUUACAUCUCGUCCUCUCAUUCUGUAUUUGUUUUUUUAAAAUUCAGGUAGGACUUCUGGAAAAUAAGACUUACAAAACUGCUAGAAGCCAGAGAAGCACAAUAAAUGAAUAAAUAAAUACAUUUUCCACCGUUCUUACAGUGAAAUUAUCUCCAUCAUACCUUCUGCCUCACAUCAGUAAGAGGACGUAUGUUGUUCCAGUUUGACUUUGGCUGCUAAACGUGGCAGAGAAAGACGUGUGCGUGCAGCUGCUCUCUCCAUUGGGAAAUAAUGUCCUCGCUCUACGCGAUGUCAAACUUGCACUUUCGGUGUGAAAGCCUGUAAGACACAGAUUCUGGUCUGACGUCCGUUCUGUCCCAGAUCAGAGCGACACGGAUCCAACAGCGACGAGCCGCUCAGCUCUGAUUGUAUUAAGGGUCUGAAAUUAAUCAGAAUUCAUUCGUUUUCUCCACCAAACAAAAAUCUGAAACUUACAUUUUGGUAUUGGUAGAUUUUUCAAAAAACAGAAUUAAAUCUCAUUAUUCCACAUGCAGUUGACCCAGAGAGCUGCUUUUGCAUGUUUGGGCCAUCUAGCUUUAAAAAAUUGAAUACAUAUUUUAGACUUCCUUCGUUCCAGGCAGCCGUUUGUUUUGUUUCAGUAAUUUCUCUGGAAAAACAAACUUGCAGAGACUUGAAACUUGCUACAGAGUGAAAAUCCGUCGCAGUCGCACAUUUAGUCAACAUUGCUUUUACAGUCAUGUUAUCAUUUGAAGUUUCCUGUAGGGAUUUCAUUAAACAGUAAUCAUGAUUUUACAAGUGUUGCAUCUGUUCAAGAGCAAUUUUUUGUCAUGCAACAAAUGUCAAACUUCAAAAUUGGCUUUUAAAAAAAAAAAAAAUCAACUAACUAAUCAAUUAAAUUCAUUCUUCUGGUUUUGCGUUUCUGAUAAUGAGGUUAUGAUAACAAAUAAUAACCAAGUAUCAGUCCUGUCAGAUGACAGUUAUGAUCUCCUGAGACAACAUUUUAAUGAUCUAUUACUCAUAAUAACUCACUGAUGAAAACACACUCAUAUUCGAUGAAAAAUAAACAUUAAUAGCAAAGAAAUAUUUUUCUCUCCGCAUCAAGUUUCAAAUCUUUUAUAGAAGUUGAAUUCAUUGGCGCCCUUGAAAGAACAUCAGUCACAUCUGGGUUAUCAGAGUUGUUAUGCGUUUGCCGUUCGUUCUCUCAUAAAGUCUAACAAGCAGACAAAUAGUUACUAGUCCUGGUAACUUUAACUUCCACAGAGCUCAGUUAACCUUCAUUUGACGGCUGUUGAGGGUUAAUUUCAGACCCUUAUCCUGUUGAGUCCUGUUAUUAUUCUUAAGUGUUUUGCUUUUGUUUUAAUUGUUUUGUAUUUUUAAUGUUUGUCGUCGUCACAGAGCUGAGAUUCCUUUAUUUUAUUGUGCCAUAUGGAUCCUCGUGCCUAUGGAAAUCUGAAUGUUUUUUGUUUGUAAUAUUGUGUGUGACAAUAUCUGUAACCACAUCAUCGGUAUGUUUGAAGCUCCGUCUGAAGAAGAUGUUAACACUUUAGCACGCAGGAUGUUGUGAUAUGAAAAAAAAAGGCUUUUUCCUAAAAUGAUUCUUGUAAAAGUGUGCGUGAGCUGCCAUGAAAUGUCGGGGUAGAAAAACACCAUCACAAGGCUGCCAGGAUCUACUUUGACAGUGGAAGCAGCAGUAGCAGAUUGUCUGAUCUUCUUUAUUUCACGUGUCUCAGCUCUCAUGAGUCCCUCCCACCUGUGUUCACCUGACAUACUGUGUGCUACAGCGUUCGCCUCUGUGACAGACAGAGCUGCUAUUGGAGCAGAUUUUGUUGUGAAUCUUGAGUUCAGGUGAAUUUUUUUCCACCUGAUCAUUCCGAUCACGACAGUCCAAGUUUUAGCACUCGGAGCUUGUUUUUAAACAACUGCUCUUUUGCUGAAAUCGUUUGUUUGUAUUGUUCAGUGCAAUCCGGUCCAAUGCGAUGGUCUUCAAUGGUCAUUAAAUUGUAUCAGAAUGUUCCUCUGCAGCACUUUAACCCAUGAAAGACAAUUCCAGAUGUGUGUUUGUGUUUGUGAAAACGAUUAGAAGAUUAAGUUCAGACUUCCAGAGAAAAUUGGUAUUAAAAAAAAAACACUCUUCCUCAAUCUCCAGGUCAUUUUAAUGUUUCCUCACAAUAGAUGCAUCAAAUGUUUUAUCCCAGUGUCACCUUUAGGUAAAAUCAUCUCCUCUACUUUUAAUGCAGCUGCAAUUAUCCUCAUCAUCAUUAUUGAAAUAAAAAAUAGCGAGCCUGCUGUGAUGACAUGAUAACUGUAUCAACCGAAUAUUUGAAUAAAAAUGGUUCAGGAAAAUUGA